CCGGCGGUGACGCGGCGUCAUCGGCUGCCGGGCUGUGGAGUGGCCCGUGCGCGCGCCCGAGGGAGACGUUGUGUGGCGCGCCCGGCGGGGAGUCCCCCUGCUCCGGGGCGCGGCGGGGAGGCCCGGCCCGGCAGCCGAUAGCGGGCCAGCGGGCCGCGGAACCCGAGCAGCGCCUUGGGCCGGCCGGUCCUCUCCGCCCGCGCCUCCCGGCCCUAGACGUGCGAGUCCGACCCGUCGGCUCCAGGGCUCCGAAGCCGGAGAGCGAAGCGCGCCAAGAGCAGACAAGGAUGGCUGCAGGAGUCUUGCCACAAACUGAAGAGCCGUAUUCCACGUUGGUGAACAGCCAUGGGCAUGCUGCGCACACGGAUGAAAAUUCAGGACGCCCAGCUCCAAAAUACACAAAGGUGGGCGAACGUUUGCGGCAUGUCAUCCCCGGGCACAUGGCGUGCUCCAUGGCAUGUGGGGGGCGAGCGUGUAAGUAUGAGAAUCCGGCCCGCUGGAGUGAGCAGGAACAAGCCAUCAAAGGAGUCUACUCGUCCUGGGUCACCGACAAUAUCCUGGCCAUGGCUCGUCCGUCCUCGGAGCUGCUGGAGAAGUAUCACAUCAUCGAGCAGUUCCUCAGUAAAGGCAUAAAAACAAUAAUCAACCUGCAGCGUCCUGGGGAGCACGCCAGCUGUGGGAACGCUCUGGAACAAGAGAGUGGUUUCACGUACCUUCCUGAGGCAUUCAUGGAGGCUGGCAUUUAUUUCUACAACUUUGGGUGGAAGGAUUAUGGUGUGGCUUCCCUCACUGCCAUCUUGGACAUGGUGAAGGUGAUGACAUUUGCCCUCCAGGAAGGAAAGGUCGCUGUCCACUGCCACGCAGGCCUCGGGCGAACAGGUGUGCUAAUAGCAUGUUAUUUAGUUUUUGCAACAAGAAUGACUGCUGACCAAGCAAUUAUAUUUGUGCGCGCAAAACGCCCCAAUUCCAUACAGACCAGAGGACAGCUGCUCUGUGUGCGGGAAUUCACUCAGUUCCUGGCUCCACUCCGUAAUAUUUUCUCUUGCUGUGACCCUAAAGCACAUGCUGUCACCUUAGCCCAGUACCUGAUUCGCCAGCGUCACCUACUUCAUGGUUAUGAGGCACGACUUCUGAAAUAUGUGCCAAAGAUCAUCCACCUGGUUUGCAAACUGCUGCUUGACUUGGCUGAGAACAGGCCAGUAGUGAUGAAGAGUGCGCUAGAAGGGCCUGAGCUCUCGGCUGAGAUCGAGAAGACUGUGUCUGAGAUGGUCACAAUGCAACUGGAUCAGGAGUUACUCAGGCAGAACAGUGAUGUGCCUGACCCCUAUAACCCCACUGCAGAGGAGGCCGAGUUCGAGAAUCAGGAUGCGAUUCUUUCUAAUGAGCAUGAGUUUGACCCCCUCUGGAAGAGGAGGAAUGUUGAGUGCCUCCAGCCCCUGACACAUCUGAAAAGACAGCUCAGCUACAGUGACUCAGACUUAAAGAGGGCCAAAGCCAUCCUGGAGCAAGGGGAGACCCCUUGGACAGUGCCUGCCCAGGAGUUGCUAGACCACAGUCUCGAGCAUCAGAAGCCCACGAGCCAUUGCUACCUGCCACCAACUCCAGAGCUGGGUUUUAAUAAGGAUGCAUUGGUUCAAAAUACAUUUUGUUUCUGGACUCAGUCAAAGUGUGGAGGCUUAGAAGGACUCAAGGAUGAGGGAUCGCUGCUUUUGUGCAGGAAGGACAUUCCAAAGGAAGUAGAGCGGAGCAGAACGUUCUCUGUGGGUGUUUCUUGUUCGCACAAUCCUGGAGAACCAGUGCCACCCAACUUCACAAGUAUCCAUAAGGAUCCAGAGCAAGUGACCCGCUGCCGGUGUGAGGCUCCUGGUUGCUGGGGUCCAGGCCCUGUUCACGAGGUGGGCAGGAGCCCCUGCAGCCCUCUGAACUGUGGCUCCAGUCCUAAGGUGCAGUUCCCAUCUGGACAGGACGCCCAAGACAGCACAUCCCUGUCUCAGGCUGGUCUGCAGCCUGAGCUGACUGCCGAAGCAAGGAGAAUUCUGGCAGCCAAAGCCCUGGCGAACUGGAGUGAGUUUGUGGAAAAGGAGGAAGUGAAGAGGAAGGUGGAAAUGUGGCAGAAAGAACUAAAUUCCCGAGAGGGAGCCUGGGAGCGAAUAUGUGGUGAGAGAGACCCUUUCAUCUUGUGCAGUUUGAUGUGGUCUUGGGUGGAGCAACUGAAAGAACCUGUAAUCAGCAGAGAGGACGUGGACAUGCUGGUCGGCAGACAAGCAGACGCUGCCGAAGCCCUGUUUUUACUAGAGAAGGGGCAGUACCAGACCAUCCUCUGUGUGCUGCACUGCAUAGUGAGCCUGCAGACGCUUCCUGUGGAGGUGGAAGAAGCCUGCCUUUCACACGCCAUUAAAGCUUUCACCAAGGUUAAUUUUGAUUCUGAAAAUGGACCAAUAGUUUACGACACCUUGAAAAAAAUAUUUAAGCACACGUUGGAAGAAAAGAGAAAAAUGGCAAAAGACAGCCCGAGGCCUGGCCUCUCCUGAGGCCUCCUUCUCUGGACAGCGUCCAACCUACGCAUCCACCCCUCCUGAGGGUGGCGCUUCUGCCUCCUGUGGACCCGUCCUGGCUGCGCCUCCCUGCCUCAGUCCAUUGUCGGGCUGUCUCCUGUGCUAAGAAUGAUGGUUCCUUUUUUAGUUAUUUAUUUCAAAAUAUUGUUGAGCUGUGUCUUGAAAAGUUGCCAUAAAGUUGGUGCCACUUUAUUUAUUCACUGAAUUGACAUCAUUGUGUUGACAUUUUAAGUAUGUUAUAUCUGUGUCCUUACUCUUUUUGACAUUUUGAGGAAAAAAAAUAACCCUUUCAAAACAGUUUUUUUGACAAAACUCUUGUGUAGUUUUUACCACAUAGAUCAUUUUAGUAGUAAAACGUCACUAUGUGUCCUUCCCAAGACAUGUAUCCCCUCCCUCAGAGAUGUGACCUAAGAUAGUCACCAAGUGUCUUAAACAGUUUUAUAUUUGUUACCAAGAAGGCUAUUAAUACAUUUUAAAGUACUUUUUAAAAAACUUUGAAGCCUUUUGUUUUUCUUUUCUUUUUUUACAGAUGUGGCAAAGUCUUUCAAAGAAUAUUAUUUUCUGUGAUUCAGCAAUUCAGUUAUUUGACAGACUGGCUGGAGUGGUUGGGAUUUUGUACUUGUAGAAAGGAGACUUGCUCUUUGUCAAGCUUCCAGACAACCUCUCCCUUGGCUGUCAGGGGAGGGAGCCACCUCAACCCAGAAACCUUAUCCUGCCUCCCCAGCCUGCCGCUGAGCCAGCUCACUGCUGUGCAGAGAAACAGACCAGAAAGUGGCCGGUGUGAGCGGCUGCUAAGGAGCAGAACUGGCCUUUGUCCGGGGACUAUGCAGAAAGGACAGCAGUGCUGGGGGCAGGCUCCUAGCCAGCCCUGCUCACUGAGGACAGUGUGGGCAUCCUGCACGGGCCACUCAGAGCUGGAGCAAGCCAGGCUGGCCACUGUCUGUCCCAGGAGGGCUGGCAUUGCUGCCUGCCCUGUGCCCAGUCCCAAAGCUGCCCUUUCACAGGCACCUGCCUCGGCCUGCCUCGGCCUCUGACGCUAGCAGCUGUUAUGCUGUAAAGAUUAUAAUUUUUAAGUUGAAUUUGACCCCAGGUUGCACUCACCCUAGCUGGCUUUAAUAAGGACAGGUGACUGGUCAAACUUGUUCCUUUAGGUUAAACUGUGUAAUCAGCAAUUGAAGCCUUAUUUAAACUAAAUUAACAUAUAGGAGUAGCAGAGCCCAGGCCAUAAGAGCUUUCUUGACAAAGGUAAUAACUAGACCAAUUCAAACUAAAGAAGGACUCUUUGAUUCUCAGAAUUUUAGGAAAUAAACAAGACUGAAUUGGAAUAAAUGAAAUUUCUCUAGGUCAUGCAUUUCUGAAUUACAGUCUAGUGUAUCCAAAACUAUUUCGAUCAUUAGCCUUACCAAGUCUGAUGGCCAAGGCCAAGUGCAGUCUCCUUCCUUCGGCUUGAGUGUUCUCGGGAAGGGAAAUACGGUGUUGGUCAAUGAGCCAACCUGCUUACCCAGUGCUGAAGCAUCUUUGUAAGUGCCUAGCCUAACAACAGGAAAUCCUUGCACUGUCUCCUGUGUACAUUCUAAAAGCUGAUGUUCAAAGAGAAUGCUUUUCGUCACCUCUUGUCAGCCUUGAGUGGGCAAAUGACACUGGACCUUCGCCACCUCCCUCCUUAAAGCCAGCUGCGCCUGUGCAUUUGCAAUACUUGUUUUACAUUCUGCAAUAGUCAUGUGCUGACUCCACUGCAUGUCAGAAAAUCCAAGUGCAGUGGCCUGAGAAGACACUGUCAGGCUCUGUGCAGGUAUUGUGCUUAUUUGAAUAAAGGUGAAAAGGACCAA